AUGGUAUUGCUGAAGAUCAAGGAAAAUUCGGAUGGUUCAUGCCAACACAUGAAAGCCAGUGACUUUGAUGAUGUCUCCAAAGAGAUUCUUGUGACAGCGAGCUCUAUUUUCCGGUGUCUAAUUGUCACCCAAGUGCCAUUUCCCGAUAACCUUGCUGUUGAGACGAAAUUGGCAAAAGCAGCCUGGCAUGAGGCGUGUCAAAUCAAAGGUGUCAAUGUCAAACUGACGCCUUUGGUGGUCAAAAUGCUCUUGACCCACACAUCACAAGUGCGCAGGGAACUUAAAAUGAAAAUGCAAUCACUGACUGGAGAUCUAGCAGAGUCUUUGAAAGACGGUUCUGUGUUUGCUUUCAAGGAUUGGGCAUCGAAGAAGGGAAUCUACAAGACCAAAUUACUGCAACUGGGUAUCAACAUCAUGUGGUUUGCGAAUCGUCACAACGAAGGUGUCGUAUACCAUAAAUACUUUAAUCCUAUGCCCGUCGAAGUUAUCGCUCUUGUGCUUACAACUAUUGAAUGUUGUAUUGAUGAAUGGUUACAAGGUCUGAAGGAGGAUAUUAAAUUCACAUUGGCUACUUAUGGAACUGUCUACCAUGAUCAUUUCGGCUCAUUGCAGCGUUUCAAUGAGCACACAGCGCCUUAUAAACUCCUUGAAAGAAUUUGUAUCAAUCUGCACGACACAGCUCGUUUCCAUGCAGGUGUUGACACCCUCCCUACUAUGUUGUCAUUUGCAUCCCGGAUCAGUGACGAGGCAUUCAAAGAUGCCAUCCAAGAGUAUCGACUUGAGGAGCAGGAUGAUGCGGAGGCUAGCGAGUCGUAA